AUGGCGGGCUGGUGGCGGGCGCUGCCGCGCGCAGCCGGGCGCUACCCGUGGUUCUCGAGCGUGCUGCUUUAUGGAGCUUUCUCCUCGGCAGGCGAUGCGCUGCAGCAGCGGCUGAGGGGUGUCCCGACCGACUGGCGGCAGACGCGGUGUGUGGCUACGGUGGCCAUGGUCUUCCACGCCAACUACAACUACGUGUGGCAGCGCCUGCUGGAGCGCGCGCUGCCGGGCCGCACGCCGCUCGCCAUCCUGACCAAGGUCCUGUGCGACCAGGCAGUGGGAGGGCCGGUGGCCAUCACGGCCUUCUACACCGGUAUGAGUAUCCUCCAGGGAAAGGAUGACAUAUUUUUGGACCUGAGACAGAAAUUCUGGAAUACAUAUAAGAGUGGUCUGAUGUACUGGCCUUUUGUACAGCUGACCAACUUUAGCUUUGUUCCUGUUCAGUGGAGAACAGCUUACACUGGACUCUAUGGUUUUCUGUGGUGCACCUUCCUUUGCUAUUCACAACAGAGCGGCGAUGGCACACUGAAGUCAGCUUUCGCCUUCCUUCAUCUAAAGGAGGCCAAGAAAGUUGAAAGCCCCUCAGAGAAAUAAGAAAUCAAGGGUUCCUUGAAAGUGAUCAUAUUUUUCCUUAAAUGCAGUAAAUUGCCUGCCGAUAAAAUACUCUAUUUACAUGCAAUUAUGUGCUCAAUUUGGAAGAAUUACUGUUUCAAAGACCCACUUGUUUCUUAAUGAUCAAUAAGUACUUUAAAUUUUAUCCAAAUCUUUUUUUCCCCAUUCUAGCCUGAAAGUAUUAUUUCUCUAA